AUGCUCUCGUUCGGAUCACUCCUUACUCUUGGCUUCUUCGCUGUCGCCCAUGCCUAUCCAGGGCCACCAGGUCCGCCAGGCCCAUCAGGACUACCGGGACCAAAGCAAUCCAAAGUGCCAACUGGCUGUGGCGAAGUAGACAUCGUCUUCACCGGACUCCCUCCCUAUCAUCCUCUUGUUACGUCUCAGGGAUUUGAUCCCGCAAAAGUUGAUGCAGCCCUUCGCGGCGAUGCGGCAGAAAUCGUGAAAGCCGGUUACAAUCUCAGAGUUGUGCUCAUGGGCCCCGAGCAAGGCCUGGAUGUCCUUGAGGAACAAGUCCGUGGUGUACGAUGGGAUGGCACAGGAGUUGGCUACGGCGUUCGUGGCUCCAGACUAGAAGAGCUGACUAUUCGCCUUGAAGACAUUAUCUCCCUUUAUCGAAAGGAGGCUCCGAAAGCCCCAAUUCUAUUUGACCACUCCCCAGACUCAGCGCUUUGGGCAAUCGAGCGAAAGUUCCCUCUUUCAGAAGACUGCACUAACUCGCCUGGCAAGGACUUGGGCUUCGAAUUGUUUUGCGAUAUCUGUACAGAUGCCUCUAACAGCACAGCGCGGUUGGCUUAA